UUUGCGUGUGGUCACAGUUCCCGCCAUCAGCCGCUCUCCCUGAGUAGGGGGAGUGAGCGGCCCCUCUCCUUCGUCCCCGGUGCCCCUUUCCUUCCUUACCCCCGGCUCCUCCCCCUGCGCGCGGACUCUGUGCUUCCGGCAGGCCAGUGCAGGGCUCCGGAACCGAAGGCACAGCUGAGUUGAUGGCUUCCGGAGAACUGGCAUAGCUGCAAAAUAUGAGUAGUUCCCCAAGAAGAGUGCAUUGCCUUUGGCACAAGGAUCAGAAUAAAGGUGAAUUGUUAUUACAUAGGGUUUUUCAGUAAAAGUCACUGAAAAAAUCUGUCAGGUGAAGGUGUAUUUUUGCUUUUUAAUUUGGUAGAAGCAAUUUAUUUUUAAAGAAAGUAUGUCUCCUCUGAAGAUACACGGUCCUAUCAGAAUUCGAAGUAUGCAGACUGGAAUUACAAAAUGGAAAGAAGGGUCCUUUGAAAUUGUGGAAAAAGAGAAUAAAGUCAGCCUGGUAGUUCACUACAACACUGGAGGAAUUCCAAGGAUAUUUCAGUUAAGUCAUAACAUUAAAAAUGUGGUGCUUCGACCCAGUGGAGCGAAACAAAGCCGCCUAAUGUUAACUCUACAGGAUAACAGCUUCUUAUCUAUUGACAAAGUACCAAGUAAGGAUGCAGAGGAAAUGAGGUUGUUUCUAGAUGCAGUCCAUCAAAACAGACUUCAUGCAGCCAUGAAACCUUCUCAGGGGUCUGGUAGUUUUGGAGCUAUUCUGGGCAGCAGGACUUCACAGAAGGAAACCAACAGGCAGCUUUCUUACUCAGACAAUCAGGCAUCUUCAAAAAGAGGAAGUUUGGAAACUAAAGAUGAUAUUCCAUUUCGAAAAGUUCUUGGUAAUCCAGGUAGAGGGUCAAUUAAGACUGCAACAGGAAGUGGACUACCUGUCACCCGGACAAUUCCCUCUUUGACAUCUACAUCAACCCCUCUUAGAUCAGGGUUAUUAGAAAAUAGGACUGAAAAGAGGAAAAGAAUGUUAUCUGGCUCAGAGUUGAGUGAAGAUUACCCUAAGGAAAAUGAUUCAUCAUCGAACAACAAGGCUAUGACAGAUCCCUCCAGAAAGUAUUUAACCAGCAGCAGAGAGAAGCAGCUGAGUUUGAAACAGUCAGAAGAGAAUAGGACAUCAGGGCUUUUACCUUUACAGUCAUCAUCCUUUUAUGGCAGCAGAACUGGAUCUAAGGACUACUCCUCUGGUAGCACUAACUUAGAUAGGACCAAUGUUUCAAGCCAAACUCCCUCUGCCAAAAGAAGUUUGGGAUUUCUUCCUCAACCAGCUCCUCUUUCUGUUAAAAAACUGAGGUGUAACCAGGAUUACACUGGCUGGAACAAACCAAGAGUGCCCCUUUCCUCUCACCAACAGCAGCAACUUCAGGGCUUCUCCAAUUUGGGAAAUACCUGCUAUAUGAAUGCUAUUUUACAGUCUCUGUUUUCACUUCAAUCAUUUGCAAAUGACUUGCUUAAGCAAGGUAUCCCAUGGAAGAAAAUUCCACUCAAUGCACUUAUCAGACGCUUUGCACACUUGCUUGUUAAAAAAGAUAUCUGUAAUUCAGAGACCAAAAAAGAUUUACUCAAGAAGGUUAAAAAUGCCAUUUCAGCUACGGCAGAGAGAUUCUCUGGUUAUAUGCAGAAUGAUGCUCAUGAAUUUUUAAGUCAAUGCUUAGACCAGCUGAAAGAGGACAUGGAAAAGUUAAAUAAAACUUGGAAGACCGAACCUGUUCCUGGAGAAGAAAAUUCAUCAGAUAUUUCAGCCACAAGGGUGUACACUUGCCCUGUUAUUACUAACUUGGAGUUUGAAGUUCAACACUCCAUCAUCUGUAAAGCAUGUGGAGAAAUUAUUCCCAAAAGAGAACAGUUUAAUGACCUCUCCAUUGACCUUCCUCGAAGGAAAAAGCCACUCCCUCCUCGUUCAAUUCAAGAUUCUCUUGAUCUUUUCUUUAGGGCAGAAGAACUUGAGUAUUCCUGUGAGAAGUGUGGUGGGAAGUGUGCUCUUGUCAGGCACAAAUUUAACAGGCUACCCAGGAUCCUCAUUCUUCAUUUAAAACGAUAUAGCUUCAAUGUCACUCUCUCACUUAACAACAAGAUUGGGCAGCAAGUCAUCAUUCCAAGAUACCUGACCCUAUCUUCUCAUUGCACUGAAAAUACAAAACCACCCUUCACCCUUGGUUGGAGUGCACAUAUGGCAAUUUCUAGACCAUUGAAAGCCUCUCAAAUGGUGAAUUCCUGCAUCACCAGCCCUUCUACACCUUCAAAGAAUUUCACCUUCAAAUCCAAGAGCUUGGCUUUAUGCCUUGAUUCAGACAGUGAGGAUGAGCUAAAACGCUCUGUGGCCCUUAGCCAGAGACUUUGUGAAAUGUCAGGCUGCGAACAGCAGCAGGAAGACCUGGAAAAAGAUUCAAAAUCAUGUAGAAUAGAGCCUGAUAAGUCUGAAUUGGAAAACUCCGGAUUUGACGGAAUGAGCGAAGAAGAGCUUCUAGCAGCUGUUUUAGAGAUGAGUAAGAGAGAAGCUUCACCAACUCUGAGUCAUGAAGAUGAUGAUAAACCAACCAGCAGCCCAGAUACCGGAUUUGCAGAAGAUGAUAUUCAAGAAAUGCCUGAAAAUCAAGACACUGUGGAGACUGAGAAGCCCAAAACAGUCACAGAGACCGAGUCUGCCGGUUUUACUGAGAUAACUAAAGACUGUGAUGAGAAUAAAGAAAACAAAACUCCAGAAGGGUCUCAAGGAGAGGUCGAUUGGCUCCAGCAGUAUGAUAUGGAGCGUGAAAGGGAAGAGCAAGAGCUUCAGCAGGCAUUGGCUCAGAGCCUUCAAGAGCAAGAAGCUUGGGAACAGAAAGAAGAUGAUGACCUCAAAAGAGCAACAGAGUUAAGUCUUCAAGAGUUUAACAACUCUUUUCUGGAUUCGUUGGGUUCCGAUGAGGACUCUGGCAAUGAGGAUGUUUUAGACAUGGAGUACACAGAAGCGGAGGCGGAGGAACUAAAAAGAAAUGCAGAGACAGGAAAUCUUCCUCAUUCUUAUCGACUCAUUAGUGUUGUCAGUCACAUUGGUAGCACCUCUUCUUCAGGUCAUUACAUUAGUGAUGUGUACGACAUUAAGAAGCAGGCAUGGUUUACUUACAAUGAUCUCGAGGUAUCUAAAAUCCAGGAGGCUUCUGUGCAGAGUGAUCGGGACCGGAGUGGUUAUAUCUUCUUUUAUAUGCACAAGGAGAUCUUUGAUGAGCUGCUGGAAACGGAAAAGAAUUCUCAGGCACUUAGCAUGGAAGUGGGGAAGACCACUCGUCAGGCCUUGUGAGGAACAAACUCCUGGGUUGGCAGUGUGCACUGCUUAUUCCCUCUUACUGCUGCCCACCUCACCUUUCCUCUGCCCAAGGAGAAUUUGGAAUUCUACUUGAUGCGGGAGCAACAAACAGCUCAGGGCCAAACCAAAAGACGAAAAUUGCAAUUAUGUGGAACGCUCCAUGCUAAUUGUUUUAUGGAAACUUUGGUCUCACAUCUGUAGCUGAUUAUCCUCUUUUUCUCCUACAAGAGUGGCACUUCCUUUUGUCUUAGGAAUACAUGUUGUAAAUAAUAUAUAUAUGUACAUACACACACGCACACACAUGUAUGUGGAAUGAAUGGAGCCUUAAAGAGUUAGGAUGAGCCACCAUAGUAUUCCUGUUCAAAAUUAAUAGCACAGAGUUUGGAGAAGAAAUGAAGGUGUCAAAGAGUCCAUUCACUUGAGAGAUGUGUAAAGAUGUACAUAUCGGUUGGCAUUUAGUUUUUCUGUUCCUUGAGUAGUUUCACUCAAGUCUAUAAUCUUUCACGUGUGUUUCUUAUUAGUAAAGUUCACUGGAAAGCCAGCUCUCCAUGUUACACUAAUGACAGUUUGUUCUCCUUGCAAGGGAGAGGCAUUUCUGCCACCUGACGUGAGGAGCUUUUUUUUUUUUUUUUAAUUAAUUCAUGGAUUUGUAAUGCUUUUGCUGUUUACAUGCAGUCCCAAGAAAUGGAUUGUUGGUGCUUUGGAGUGGGUUAUGGUCCCCCGUUUGGUAUUCAUUAAACACUUUGUAUUUUCUUUAAAAGAGAUCCCUUCACACAGUAUAUUCAUCUGUAUUACUGUAGUGAAGACAGAAUCCUUUCUUUUUCUUCUGUAUCAUUCUUCCAUGGAGCAAGCAUUACCCUAAUAGAUUGCAACCAAAAUUUUUAAGAGGUAGGAAAAUAAUAUCCCAAUUGGGAUUCCCCAGCAAGGACACUUGGGGAUAUGGAAGAGUGCUAGCAUCUCUCUCAUACAUGGAGAGGUCAGGAUGAGGAUUCUCGCGUUAAAGCUAAAAACUCUGGACCACUAGAAGCCCUACUGCAAGCGGGAAAUUAAGUACAUGAGCUUAGGAUGAAGCUUGAGCAUUUAAUCAUUUGUUGUCUGUCUUUGCCCUUAAAACAGGGUGAGAAUUAGAAUGAGAUUGGUUUAGGUAAACCCAAGAACUAACAAGUAACAAAGGUGCAUAAUAUAUUUUAUCUUUUUAGGUGCUUUGAGUUGAGGGUAAAUGGGAAUGCAACAUUAAGUGCCACAUUAGUCACUCCGCUGGCGUAACCAGCUUGGAUAUUAAGCAGCUUGUGAAACCAUAUAAAGAAUGAGUUCGAGAGGAGAAUUCUAUCCACAAAAUAACUUUGUAAGCCCGGGAAUCAUUAGGUUCGCACAGUUAAGUGCAGCAAAAUGAAACUUUUUCAAUAUUUUCUUUCAUGUUUUACUUCCUUUUAUUAUCAGGAAGGAGGGAAUUCUUGUUUCAGUUCUGAGGUAGGGACAAAACCACAUCAGUUUUUCAAGGGGAGGAUACAUGUUAAAGUCCAUCAUCACAGAAGGUGCAACAUCUUCUCUAGAAGAUUGCCUUAAGAGAGCACCAGGCCCCACACUUGGACAUGUUCUGACACAGUAACUUGUUCUAAAAUUCUCAGUUUUUAAAUUGUAAAUGGCCCCAGUGCGUUGGUUAACUCCAGAUGAAAAGCUCUGCCUCCUACCAUCUACCCAUGCACUACCACAGUGAACCUUCCAAAAUGAUGCACCGGUCGGUUGUGCAUGAAUCGUAUAGAGCAGAGGAAAAUAACUGUUUUAAAACUGUAGCUUUUGCUGGAAAAUAACUGGUUUUUUCCAAAACGAGUGAAGUGGUGAUCAAAUUCUAUAGCUAGUUAGGACUUCUCUUCCGCAUGUUUGCAUUUGAGAGCUUCGAGAGGUGCUGUUUAAAAUGACUGGAAAUGUAUUGAAGUGAGGGAUGCAUUAGGGCAUUAAAAAAAAAUAGAAAUGAUGCCAUAGGCCUGAUUGCCCAUUGCCCUCAUUUGACUUGCUUUUUGUAGCCGGUGUGUUUGUGUGUGGGUGUGUGGUUUAGAAGUACACGUGGCUGAGAAACCUGUUUUGAUUUGAUCUUCCUUUCUUGGGCUGGACUUGCUAAUUGAAAAUAGGUUACUGAGGUAGAUGAAUUAUCUUACUGCUGAUAUGCUUGCAACUUUGGGACUUGAAUUUUCCUUGGUAGCUGUGCAUUUUUGUGGCCUUGUCAGCCUUCCUCCCUCCCUGUGCUCCUUUAUCCCCCCUUUCACUACACUUCUCAUUUGGGUUCAUGACUACAGAUGGAAAUUUUAGCUUUGAAGGGGUUUAUUGGGUUUUUUUUGAGCUGGUUGUAUAUAUUUAAAAAUUAUAAGUAGAUUAUAUAUAUAUAUAUAUAUAUAUUUUUUUUUUUUUUUUUUUUUUUGCACAGUAUGAUCAGUUUGCUCAGAAUUGUGGGGGGGGGGUUGAGGCAUUUGGUGUGUUGGGGCCAGGAAGGGACAAGUCAGAUGGGGACAGAGUGCUUCAGUCCCAGGCAGCGUACACAGUCACCUUUCUACUGAAAAUACCAAAUGUGGUUCCAUUACUUUAAAUGAUGUUGAAUUGGUACUUGGCAGCACUUAGUUCUGCAGACAGCUGAUCUUAAUUGAAAUUUUUUGGAAGAGAAAACUAAAAUUCAAACUUUCUGAUUCUUACCACCUAGUAUUAUGGAGAAUUGGAAGUUGCAUGUAGCCAGAUAGCUGCUGCCCCUUUAGUAGCCAUGACUCUAAUUUAGGCCUAUGAGAUAGACUGUUUUGUGGGGAAUGUAUUUAUAGUGUGUGCACACUCAUGAGUUUUGUGUCAGCAGGAUCGAGCAAGAAGCAGCAAGGCCAUGAAUUGUUCUUCUAUUUACAUUUUGAUUCCAAAAGCUGUUUGUUUACUUGCCAUGGUCUCUCAGUUUCAGGCCUAACUUAAUGGCUCAGUAACAUUUGUAACAAAUGUAAAUGUGUUUACAUUUUUAAAAGUAUACAGAGAUACUUACAAAUCAGCUGAUUAACUCUGGGAGGCAAAUAGUAGACUAUACAUUUCUUUACUUCUUGUUCAAGUGUAGAAUUCUUCCAAAAGAGAAACUUUAAGAAUUAAAACCUCACCAAGUGAAUUCAUGACUUGACUUACUCUUCCAUACUGCAGUUACCAUUAUGUGACUAUAGAAACAAGGUUCUACAUGUAUACAGCUACGGAUAGACUUGUAUAAUGAAAAUUAUUUGGAAACAUCUAAAUUGAAGAGAUUUUUGACAGUGUCUAUAUAGUUGAGUGUUAUGAGUAUAGAGAGAGCUUGGGGGUGAUGUUUGGAACCAUACAGAAAAAAAGUAGUUUGUAAACUCAUUCGUAAUCUGAAAAGAGUUUAUACUAAAACAAAUAAAAAUAUUACUCUUCUUUCUUUGUCCUCUGAAAUGACUGCAGUGGAUGCACUUAGUCAUCCAAACUUUUUUUUUUGGUUCUUUGCUUUAAUUGGCACCCCCUCCCCUGUGCCCCCAUAGGCAGUCUUUUGUUUUAAAUCAGGGAAACAGAGCUAGAUCUCCCAAGUACAUUUGGAUCUUGUAUAUAUAUAUAUGGAGAUUUUUAGACACAUCAACAACCCAGUACCAGAUGCAAGUCCCAUGAGUGUCCCCCAAAAACAGGCGUGUGCUUUGCCUUCUCCCCAUCUUGCUUUACCACUGAGUGAUGCUCUCUUUAAGUGUGUACAAAAACUAAGGGGCUUCUGCCAUCUGAUGUCUUUUGAAUGCAGUACUUCAAAGUCCUAAUUUUGUCUCUAUUGGUAUGUCUUAAUAACAUCUGAAAAACAUAUAUUUUAUUGGAAAACUACAGUUCGGUAGGCCUUGAGAGUUUUGUGACCGUUCUUUUGCUGUGUGUCACCACAGUCACUGACUCCUUUAUGGCAUGCUUUGAUUACUAGACUUCAGGCAGUCUUUUCCGUUGUAUCAUAUUUAUACACAGUAAAUUUUUCUUUCCAUGUGUGCUAUAUGUCUGAGGUUUUGAAGUUUUUAAUAAAAAGUGUGCCAGUAUAAGUAUAAGCAGUUGAUUUUAGUAACAUUGGACUUUUCUUAAAGUACAUUAAGAGGUUCAAAGCAUAGGCAUGUUGGCUGGUGAAACCAUAGAGGGGUUGAGGUUCUGGAUCAAGACCCAAGUUCGGCAGGUCACAUGCCAAAACAAGAGCAAUCAACUGACCUGGCCUGUUUCCAGAACAGAGCGGAUGCGGGGGGUGAGACCACACACCUCUCCCCAGUUCCCCUCCCUCUCUCAGCUUGUCCUUGCAUCCCAAUUCCUCUGGCCUGUUGUCAGUGUGGUUGACUUAAUGCUAUGGAGAGGAAAACGGAAGGAAGGGUCCUACACUUUGCCUGAUUGAGCCACUACCAGAUUUGCUGGCAGCUUUGGCCACGUUAUUUGUGAGGUGAUUUUCUUUCUUUGUGUUCAGAGUGACUUGAUUCUGAUUCUUUAUGUUGUUUCGUAUGGAGCGGCACUUUAUCUGUGUUUUAGCAGAACUGUUCCUCUGUAUCCUUUACGGUUUUUCCUUGUUUUUGUUUCCUUUUUAAAUUAUGCAUAGAGUUUUUUGUGUGUGUGAAAUUAAAGCCUUUAUUAACCUUG